GCCGGGGAGACUCCCCCGCCCGGGGCCCGCCCCGGCUCCCGCUGAGGCGGCGGCGGAGCGCGGCGGGGCCGCCCGGCCAUGGAGCGCUACGAGAAGCUGGGCAAGGUCGGGCAGGGCUCCUACGGCGUCGUCUUCAAGUGCCGCAACAAGGACACGGGUCAGAUUGUGGCCAUCAAGAAGUUCCUGGAGUCCGAGGAGGACCCGGUGAUCCGGAAGAUCGCCCUGAGGGAGAUCCGCAUGCUCAAGCAACUCAAACACCCCAACCUGGUGAACCUGCUGGAGGUGUUCCGGAGGAAGCGGCGGCUGCACCUGGUGUUCGAGUACUGCGAGCACACGGUGCUGCACGAGCUGGACAGGCACCCCCGCGGGCUGCCAGAGUACCUGGUGAAGAGCAUAACCUGGCAGACCCUUCAGGCUGUGAACUUCUGCCACAAACACAAUUGCAUCCACCGGGAUGUAAAGCCAGAGAACAUCCUGAUCACAAAGCACUCGGUCAUCAAACUCUGUGACUUUGGAUUUGCUCGAACACUGACCGGUCCCGGUGCCUGCUACACGGAGUACGUGGCCACGCGGUGGUACCGCGCCCCGGAGCUGCUGGUGGGGGACGCGCACUACGGCCCGCCCGUGGACGUGUGGGCCAUCGGCUGCGUGUUCGCCGAGCUGCUCUCGGGGCUGCCCCUGUGGCCCGGCAAGUCGGACGCGGACCAGCUGUACCUGAUCCGCACAACGCUGGGGGAUCUCAUUCCCAGGCACCAGCAAGUGUUCAGCACCAACCAGUUCUUCAGUGGGGUAAGAAUUCCAGACCCACAGAGCAUGGAACCAUUGGAAAUAAAAUUCCCCAAUAUUUCAUACUCUGCACUGGCUCUCAUGAAGGGCUGCCUGCGGAUGGACCCUGCGGAGAGGCAGAGCUGUGAGCAGCUGCUGCAGCACCCCUACUUCGACAGCUUCAGGGAGGCUGCAGAGCUGGGCAGGGAACAUGAGAAGAGCCCUCGGAAGGCAGCCAGGCUGACUCGGAAGCACAUGCCAGGGCUACAGCACCUGCCUCAGCUGACCUGCAGCAACAUUCUCCCAGCUUUGGACAGCAAGAAGAACUGCUGCAAGCCAAGGAAAUCAAAGUACCACUUCCCAAACAUCUGACCAGGUGGCAGAUCAAAACUCAGUUGUUUGAAGUCCUCCAGGAUUUAUAAAAGGAGGAUACGCAGUGCAAAACUAAAUUACUGAAAGUUAUGGCCUGUACAGGAUGGUCUGUCCUCUACUCUACUGAUGGAGAGGAAGUAAUGCCAAGAACUCCAGGCUCAGCUUGUGUACAAAGGCAAAUCCAUGCUGCUGUAAUUCCUGAUUGCCUCCCGGUUCGGGAGCACCCCAGCCCAGUGCUCCCAGUAUGAAAUGUCACACUCUGGCCUCUCUGUCCCCUGCAUUUCAGACUUGGCAGGAGAAUCCACGAGCCCUUUGUGCCCGGGUGCCUGCUGUGAGGAGCUGUGACUGUGCUGCUGCAGGGGUGGGAGCUGUGCUGGUGCAGCCCUGGCUGCUCCCGGGAGCUCUCAGCUCUCAGACACACCGGGCUCAUUCCUGCCCUUACAGAGCUCAAGGGCUUCAAAGUGCUGCUGGUACUGCACAGGCUCAACAGGCACCACACCUAGAACAGAGCAGCAAUAUUCCUGUUGUUUCUUUAGCCUUUCCAGAGCUUCUCCUGCAAGUUUUGUCCUUGAGUUCUGCUUCUGAGAGAGUGAGGGCACUUGCUUGUAGUUACAAAAAGGAUUUUAUCAAAACUAAUCAUGAAUGUAAUUUAUAACACUGGCCAGACACAGGCAGGAAUUCUACCUAAGUGUUUGUAUUAGAACGACUGAGGUCUGUGGAAUCUCAGAAUAUAAUACUGUGUUGAUUUUGAAUAAAAGAAAUGUAGCUUCUUUUUCCAA